CCUGAUGAAAUUGAAAGUAAAUUUGUGGGUGACGAGACGAGGGGGAAUUUCCUGUUUUUCUGUGGGAGGAUCACUUAAUUUUAAAUACUGUAUUUGACAUUACUGACAGCUACGUACAUUAAAUUACAAACUGUUAGUCCUAGGCUCAUAUUUCAUCUUUCUCUCUUACUUUGUUCCUGUACAACAACCCAGCCAUGGGAGCUGAACACUCGGCUCAAGCAGCUCCACUUCUCAGCAAACCAUGGAGGGAAAUAAACUGGGGAGACAACCAGAGUGAUCUGCAGUAUGUAAAGGCCUAUAAACCUCAGCCUGAUGGCCAGCUGCUCAGGAUUCUUCUUCAUGGACAAGUUGGAGCUGGAAAGUCCAGUUUCAUCAAUUCUGUCCAAAGUGUCGUACAUGGCCAAAUGUACGCACAUGCUUUUGCAGACAACACCUCUCGCAGCUGUUUCACCAAAAAGAUCGGCUGACUGUGGCCUGCUGGUCGUACCCAGAGUCUGACUGGUGACUAAGAACUAAGAAGUAUCUGGCUUUUGCAGUCCGGACCCCCAAACCCUGGAAUGACCUUCCUGCAGAAAUUAGGAUUUUGGAGAAAAAAAGAACGUAAAGAAACUGAAGCUCCUCCAUUUCUCAGCAAACCAUGGAGGGAAAUAAACUGGGGAGACAACCAGAGGGAUCUGCAGUAUGUGAAGGACUACAGACCUCAGACUGACGGCCAGCAGCUCAGGAUUCUCCUUCAUGGACAGGUUGGAGCUGGAAAAUCCAGUUUCAUCAACUCUGUCCAAAGUGUCUUACAAGGCAGAAUGUACACCCAGGCUUUGGUGGACAACACUUCUCACGACUGUUUCACCAAAGGGUACACAACCUACAAUAUCCAAAAAGGCCCAGAGACCUUUUACCCUUUUGUCUUCAAUGACAUCAUGGGCCUGAGUCCAACCGGUGUCCAAGUGAAUGAUGUCAAACUGGCUAUGAUGGGAAAAGUGAAGGACGGUUACGGGGUUGUCAGAGGGGUCCCAUUCUACAACAACCAUCCAACUGACAACGACAAAGUGCAUGUUCUGGUUUGUGUCAUUGAUGCCAACACGGUAACUUGCAUGCACAAAGAAAUUGAAGAAAAGAUUCGCCAAAUCAGGAUUGAAGCCACUCACCUGAAUAUUCCUCAAAUGGCAAUUCUAACCAAGAUUGAUGAGGCCUGUCCUGAAAUCAAAGACAAUUUACAGAAUGUCUACAAGGUCAAUUACCUGAAGGAAAAGAUGGAGCAGUUCAGUGUAAAUGUGGGAAUCCCCAUGAACUGCAUCUUCCCUGUGAAGAACUACCAUGAAGAAAUCGACCUCAACAGUGACGUUGACUCACUGAUCCUGAGUGCCCUGAAACACAUCAUCAACUUCGGAGACGACUACAUCAACUUUGAUAAGAACGAUGCAGUAAACCUGGCCCUACACUACAUCCUCCGGCACCUGGACUCUGCAGGAACUUACGCCAGGAUCCUGUUUUUGGUCUUCAGCUCUGCCUUCAACACCAUCAUCCCGGCUCUGCUCCAGGAGAAGCUCUCCCAGCUUGGUGUGCCU